GUCUUCCAACAUUUUACUGUUCCAUACUCAGUUUGCUUUGAAAUUUAGAUUUUUGUUGCUAAAUUGGUAAACUUGAUCUUUGUAGAAUGAUUUUUUUUCUGCCCUGUAGUUUUUUUUUUGUUGAGAAUUAACCCUUUUUGUAGAAAUCAAGGUUUGACUUUUGUGGGGAUUAUCGUCUACCUUUCUUCUUUUUUUGCUAUUAAUCGUAGUAACUCUUGGGGUGGUAUACUUUGAGGAUUGACAAGGAUUCUUCGAUAUUUCCUUUGGACAGAUCCUUCAAAGGCAGAGAGAGGAGCUGAGGCAACCAACUAAGAGUUAGAUAUCCUGAAUGCAUGCAUGGAUCCGAGUAUUAAACAGCACUUAACAGAAGCAGUUGAACAGAAAAUUGGUGAAUAUGCACUUAUUAGAGAUGCGGAAAACCCGCAGCUGAGCAUUUAUGAUAAACCUCUUCCUUGCUUUGGCUGUGGGAUAGGGUGGUUUUCUCUUCUGCUUGGAUUUGUUUUCCCAUUGAUGUGGUAUUAUGCCACCAUUCUCUACUUCGGAAACUACUACCAGAAAGACCCAAGAGAAAGAGCUGGACUUGCUGCCUCUGCAAUAGCUUUCAUCCUACUGGAGUCUGUACCUUUAGUACUGCUUAAGGAGCUUCCUCGAACAAAAGGUGAGACAAGAAUACAUGCAGUUGUGAAUCUGCAACAGAAGGAAAGAAGCAAGAAGGUAUAAUACCUCAGAAUCAUUGAAGGUUCAGUUAUCUGCAUUGUGGCCCCCGUUAGUGAUGAACAUAACACAAAAUCUAUAUAUUACAGCUUUGUAAUAUCCAUAUCAUAGAGGAAUUGUAUGUACUGGUAACACAAGCACGACGUAAUUACUGAUAUAUCUCUUGAGACAUUACUUUCAGUUUUCAUUUUGAAAACAGAGGAAAAUUCAUGCUUCAUUGUAGGGUAUUAUUUGGCCA